UCCAUCCAUCAUCCAUCCAUCCAUACAUCCAUCCAUCAUCCAUCCAUCCAUCAUCCAUCCAUCCAUCCAUCAUCCAUCAUCCAUCCAUCCAUCCAUCAUCCAUCCAUUCAUCCAUCCAUUCAUCAUCCAUCCAUCCAUCCAUCCAUCAUCUCCAUCCAUCAUCCAUCCAUUCAUCCAUCCAUUCAUCAUCCAUCCAUCCAUCCAUCCAUCCAU